AUGAACAUCCGAACUGUGCUAUCGUUCCAUUGUGUUCCCGACCUUAACUGGGACUAUCGGAUGGAACGGGCACCAAUUCUGUACGUCAAUGAAAUUGCCUAUCCGAUCCUGGCUGUGUUUGGUAUCCCUGCGAACGUGCUGACGGCUGCGAUCCUGUACCGGGGAAAGUGCGGGCUCUCUAAAGGAAUCACCCGGUACAUGGUGGCGAUGGCAAUCUCCAACCUGCUCGUUCUCAUCGUUCACGUAUUAAUUCGGAAAAUCUACAUGUACUACACCCCUAACUCCUUCCUCUCCCUCAGCGCAAUUUGUCCAUCCAACAUAUACCUACGGGUCGUUACUCUGGAUUUUUCAGUAUGGUUAACCAUGUCGUUCACCUUUGACCGUUUUGUCAGCAUUUGCUGCCCGAAGCUGAGACUCGCCUAUUGCACGGAUAGGACGGCCGUCACGGUCAUUGUGUCAUUAUGGGCGCUCAGUUGCUUAAAGUACAUCCCCUUUAACGUCAUGUACGUGCCACGCCUCACCGUGGACAAUGUGAAAUGGGGGUGCCGACCCAAACGAGCCUACUUCAUUUCCGGGUGGUGGUUGGUGUUUUCGUGGAUGUGUUCAAUCUCUCUCCCCUUCCUACCCUUCCUAAUAAUUCUAUUGUUCAACGGACUGACGGUCAAGAACAUCAUAGCGGCCAACAAAGUCCGUCGUCGCCUGAAGGCACUGAAUGGCAAGGACACUGAGGCGGAGAAUCGGCGGAAGUCCAUCGUUUUACUGUUCACAGUGUCCGGCGCCUUCAUCCUGCUUUGGACAACGGUGGCUGUCAACUUCAUCUGCACUCGUGUCGCUGUGAAUUUCUUGGGCGGGGAUCACACAAGCCCAUCUUACAUCGCCAAUGACGUUGGGGUCUUGCUCAUGCACGUCAGCUCCUGCGCCAACACGUGUAUCUACGGGAUGACACAGAGGAAGUUUAGGCAGGAGGUGAAGAACGCGUUUACACAUUUAACUAGUAUUGUUCAACCCAUGACACCGGCGCGGCAGUUGCCUGGAACUUGA